AUAAAAUUUAGUAACUAUAAAUCUAUUUUUUACAGGAUAUGCUGUAAGGGUUAAUUUUUUGUAAAAUUAAUCGAUUAAAGUUGUGUUCAAAAUCACAUGAUCCUCUCUUCCGAGUGACAUUACUCGUAUACGAGAAGUAUAGUAACGCGUAUGACUCGUUACUCGUCGAUUACAAACUGUGACGUAAUUGGCACUGACUACUCAGGGAAACCCCAUUCCUUUAUCAACAUAGAGAUCACGGGAAAUGUUGUCCUGUGUGUUCCGGGCUUUGAAACGGUGAACAAAGUGAGUCACUAUGACAGAUCAAAAUGGCGGCGUACGAGUGGAAGAAACGCAGCGGGUAGGAUGACGAAGUGGCAGGUCGGCCUUGAGGCCACGCGCCUCCAGUACCAGAGGUGUUUUAUGGGACCCCAUAAUGGAGCCAGCAAUACCCAUUCCGUUUCUUCCUCGUGCUUGAAACUGCCUUGGAUGCCCAACGAGAGAGGCCCCUCUGUACCUACGAGCUAUGGAAUUGCUACAGUUUACUGCACGAGCCAACCGGAGAUUCUUAAGGCCCUGGAAACUUUCAUAUUUACAAGGGCAUUGCAGCGGGUGGUUGACUACGAGGAUCCAAGGCUACUGGGAGCGUGCCGAUCUUUGGGUCCGGUUCUCAUGCUUUACGCUUUUGACACCGAAGGACAAAUGGAAAUCAUGAAUAUUACGUUGCACGCGGAUACUUCCGGUCAGGACUAA